CUUCAAGAAAUAUGAUAAGAAUAAAAUGUAGACUAGUUAAAACCCUCAAAGACAAUAUUUUAAGCGUAAAUUCGUACUCCAGACUUUUAUUUAAUGUGAGGUUACAAAAAUACAGCUCCCAAAAUGAAAAGACUAACAACACAACUGAUUUCGCUAAAAUCCCUGUGGAACGUAUAAGAAAUUUCAGCAUUAUAGCGCAUGUAGAUCAUGGAAAAAGUACUCUAGCUGACCGCUUGUUGGAAUUUACGGGGGCCAUAAAAGAAAACUCAGGAAAUAAUCAGGUUUUAGAUAAGCUACAGGUUGAGAGAGAACGUGGAAUCACUGUUAAAGCCCAAACCGCAUCUUUGUUGUAUAAUGUGGAUGGUGAAGAUUAUUUGUUAAAUUUAAUUGAUACACCGGGACAUGUAGAUUUUUCAAAUGAAGUUUCAAGGUCUUUAUCAGCUUGUCAGGGGGUUAUUUUAUUGGUAGAUGCCAAUGAUGGGGUACAGGCUCAAACUGUAGCAAAUUUUUAUUUAGCUUUCGGUAAUGAUUUAGUUAUUAUACCAGUUUUGAAUAAAAUUGAUUUGAAAAAUGCUGAUCCUGAGAGGGUUUGCAAACAGUUGCAGUCCUUGUUUGAUAUAGAUCCCUCUGAAGUAAUAAAGAUUAGUGCAAAAUUAGGCAAAAACAUAGACUCAGUUCUGAAAGCUGUAGUAAAAAGGGUACCUAUACCUAUUGUGAAUAGAACAGCCCCUUUUAGAGGGUUAAUAUUUGACAGUUCUUUUGAUAAAUAUCGAGGAGUUUUAUCCCUAGUUUAUGUGCAAGAUGGCAAUGUCAAAGUGGGGGAUACUAUAACUUCAUAUCACAACAAAAAGUCAUUUGAAAUAAAAACCCUAUCUCUACUCAGACCACAGGAAGUUCCAGUGGAAAGACUUGUAGCUGGUCAGAUAGGUUUAGUGGGGUGCAACAUGCGUUCUAGCAAAGAAGCAUUAAUAGGAGACACACUGCACAACUCAAAUGAUGUUAUAGAACCACUGCAAGGUUUUACACCGGCAAGACCCAUGGUGUUUGCCGGUAUUUACCCCAUGGAUCAGUCCCAACACGUCAAUUUACGGAGCGCUAUCGAAAAAUUGACUUUGAACGACUCUGCUGUCACAGUGGACGUUGGUACAAGCCCAGCACUGGGUUUAGGUUGGAGACUGGGUUUCCUAGGCUUACUGCACAUGGAAGUGUUUUCUCAGCGCCUCGAACAAGAGUACGCGAUGGACGCCAUUAUAACAGCGCCCUCUGUCACCUACAAACUCAAAUUGAAACCCACCAAACAAAAUUUAAAGGACGGUACAGAUUAUAUUUACGUUAACAACCCGGCGUUGUUUCCCGAUCAUUUGACCAUCGAGGAAACGUUGGAACCGAUAGUUUUAGGGACAAUAAUAACCCCCGACAAAUAUAUGGGCCCCAUAAUUUCCAUGUGCAUGGAACGUCGAGGGGUUCAGAAAAACGCCACCAACAUUGACAACGAACGUGUUAUGUUACAAUACGAGUUACCUUUAUGUGAAAUCGUCGUUGAUUUUCACGACACCCUCAAAACGUUAUCAAGUGGGUACGCCAGCUUUGAUUACGAGGAUCACGGCUACAAACCUAGCAAUCUUGUCAAGUUGAGUAUUUUACUGAAUGGCAACGCUGUAGACGAACUUAGUGCCAUUGUUCAUAUCACUAAAGCACAGACGGUUGGUAGGCAAAUGGUUUUGAGGUUAAGGGAUAUAAUACCAAGACAAAUGGUUCAUAUAGCGGUUCAAGCUGCUGUUAAUGGAAAAGUUUUAGCUAGAGAGAAUAUAAAGGCGUUUAGGAAAGAUGUGACGGCUAAACUGUAUGGUGGGGAUGUGACUAGGAGAAUGAAGCUGUUGGCUCAACAGGCAGCUGGUAAAAAGAAAAUGCGUAUGGUUGCGAAUAUUUCACUGCCUAGAGAUACUUUUAUUGAUGUAUUAAAGAAAUAAAA